UUAAGUAACUCUUACAACGAAGUUUUUCAGACAUACCUUUAUAAGCGCUUAGGCUGGUGUUCUAUUUGUUUAGUGAUAUAAUAUCAAUAUUUAAACAAUCAUGAAUUUCUUUUUGUUCUUAGUAAUAUUUUCGCAGUUUGUGUUAAACCUUUCCGCGCGUCAGUUUAGGGUCACGGAUCAAGUUUACUUGGAUGUUCAUAGACAAGACAAGCCUUUGGGGCGAAUCAUUAUUGGGCUUUUCGGAGAUUUGGCACCAAAAGCUGUAAAAAAUUUCAAAGUGUUAGCCACAAAAGGAGUGAAGGGAAAGUCGUACAAAGGGACUAGGUUCAGUCGCGUUAUCAAACGGUUUAUGAUACAAGGUGGAGAUGUCGUCGCAGAUGAUGGCUCAGGCUCGAUCAGUAUUUAUGGGGAAACGUUCGCUGAUGAAAACUUAGAUACACAUCACAGUGGUGCUGGUUUUGUAUCUAUGGCAAACAAAGGGAAGGAUACGAAUGGUUGUCAAUUUAUAAUAACAACCAAGGGGACUCCGUGGUUGGAUGGUCUACACACUGUUAUAGGAAAGGUAGUUGAAGGCCAAAAGUUUGUUCAUAUGGUGGAGCAAACCCCAACAGACUCAGAAGACCGUCCAUUAGAACACGUCUUCAUCUUCAGAAGUGGCCUGCUUCCGACUGAGCCCUAUUAUAUUUCUGACGAACUAUACGAUUUAUGGGGUUGGAUCAAGGCUUCAGCAGUACCACUCACGAUGUCUUUCUCUGUGCUGGGGUUCUUUCAGUGGAUGAUUAGUAAGAUGAAAAUUCAAGAAAACUAUUGAUUAAUUUCGGUAUUUAUUUAUUUUUAUUAUUGUGUUAUUAUUGUGAAAUUUUUACUAAAGAAAGAUAACAAGUAGGUAAACCUUCUUAAUAUAUAUAAUAUUUCAAUGUU